AUGGGACAUUCUACUGACUCAUGCCCUAUAUUGCAAGAGGAUGGGGCGGAACAAGUGAACAUGGCUGGAGGCGUGCCCGUGCCUCAUAGGCAAUACGAUCCAUACUCCAACACGUACAAUCCGGGUUGGAGAGAUCAUCCCAAUUUCAGCUAUGGAAAUAGGCCACAAAAUGCAUUCUCCAAUCGUCCACAGGAUUUCAGCAACCAUGGCAACCGAAACCGCAACCCUCAUCCUCCAACUCGGGAAGUUCCUUGGAGAAUAUUGUCAAGAGUCUGGCUACGACUACCGCCCAGAUCCAGCAAGAGACUAGACAGCUCCAGCAGGAGACCAGGCAUGAAGGAUAUGGAGGCUCGAAUAAGCCAAAUGGCAAUUGUCAUCAAUCGCUUGGAGUCCCACGUCUAUGAAAAAUUGCCAUCGCAACCUGAGGCAAACCCAGAAAUGUUGAAAAAGACAAAGAGGGCAGAAAAGGAAAAAGAAAUCCUGGAUGUGUUUCGCAAAAUUCAAAUAAACAUCCCCCUAUUGGACGUGAUCAAGCAGGUACCCAAGUACGCAAAGUUCUUGAAGGACUUGUGCGUUAACAAAAGAAAGCUAAGGGGUGAUGAAAGAGUGAUGGUAAGAGAGAAUGUAUCAGCUGUACUUCAAAGGAAACUCCCACCCAAAUGCGGAGAUCCAGGAUCUUUAAAAGAAACGGGGAUAAUAAUUCAAUUGGCUGAUCGUACAUGUGCUUAUCCGGAUGGGAUAGUUGAAGACGUUUUAGUGCAAGUAGAUGGAUUAAUUUUUCCUGCUGAUUUUUAUGUGCUUUACAUGGAUGAUAGAAGUGCCCCAAAUCCAUCACCCAUUAUAUUAGGAAGGCCAUUCUUGAGUACUGCCCAGACUAAAAUUGAUGUUAGUAAGGUCUUGACCAUGCCGCCCGCCGUCCGCAUUCAAGCAGAGAAUCAGGCGGCCUUCUUCGCUCACAUUGGAUUCACCCCGCUUCACCCGCCUCACCCGCCUCCACCUUAG